GCUUUUUAAAACGUAUUCCGAGGCUUCCCCUUCCGACCCUUCGUCUUCCUCUUCUUCUUCUUCCUCUGUAUUUUUUCUAUUAUUCUUUCUGGUCUUUUUCUCCUCUCUUCAUAAUACAUACGGUCGCAAUCCUUCUCCUUCUCUCUCUCUUUCAUUCACACCCAGUUCCACUUUCCUUUUUUAAGGGCUCCCACCACUCUGUGCCCUUAAACCCCUUUAACCCUAUUUUCCUCUUGUUUUAAUCUUCUUUUUCUUCUGAUUUGACUGGGGCCUUUUUCGUUGGGCGCCACUGCACUUCCUUUAAACCCUACUCAUACUCACUCUUCUUCCUUCUUUUAUUAUUAGACCUUAACCAAGCCGCAAAACACAAUCCCAAAUACUCUCUCCUCUCUCAUUCCUCUUUCUCUCUCUGUUUUCCUUUUAGUGAAGUCGGGAUAACAAGUCGUUGUUGUUUGCUUUACUUCUUCUGGGGGUGUUUUUCUUUUUUCCAGCUUUCUGUAAUAAUGGCUGAGAGUUUGGACGAUGGUGAGUUCUGGCUUCCUCCUAAGUUUCUUAACGACGACGACUUGUUCCUUGAGGAAAAGUGUGGGGGUAAUGAUGUUAAGAAUGGGAGACAUGGUGUUGGGUUGUACCCGUUUGGGCCUUUUGGGUAUGCUUCUGAUCUUGGUUCGCCGGUUGAAUCUCUGGUUGGUUCCAGCGAAACAGAGAGUGAUGAGGAGGAAUAUAUAGCUGGAUUGACGCAUCAAAUGACGCGUUCCACUCUGGAAGAUGGUUUUGGACUUGACAACUCUCAUGUUUGGGGAUCUUCUGGCUCACCGCAGUCAACGCUGUGCGCUAUGGGAAGUGGGUGCGGCUGCAAACAGGGCUCUAGCAGGGGAAGCCCCAAUGGCCAUUACCAAGCUUCUCAUCCGCAACUCACUUUGGAUCUACUUUUUGCCGCUGCCGGUGAAGUCUCGAAGAUGCGGAUGAAUGAAGAAGCAUAUGGUUUCAUUAACUCUCGUGGACCUCUUGCUCCCCCUAGAAAGCCCUCUCCCGUUUCUGUUCCGCUCAAAAACCGUGAGCCCGAAGCCGAAGUUUACCAGCAGCUGCAGGCUUCCCAAUUUCUACAUCUGAGACGACAGCAGCUUAUCGAGCAAAUGAACUCGACCGCUCGUGUAAGACAAACAAAGGGUUCUGUGAGACACCAUCAGCCCCAAAUGCUGCAAAACAGGGGGAGAAAUAGCGAGUUCUUCAACGGCAGAAACUGUCGCUCUGCAACUGCUGGGUUAACGUCCCAACCCACCUGGGCGGCUCCUCCUCGUAAACACACUGUCAACCCCCCGCCGAACGGUUCUGGCAUGAGGGCGGUCUUUCUCGGCGCUCCCGGCGGCAAGAGGGAAUGCGCCGGUACAGGUGUGUUUUUGCCUCGACAAGCCGGCGGCACCGUCUCUGAACCCCGCAAGAAGCCAGCAUGUUCGACUGUUUUGGUUCCUGCUAGAGUGAUGCAAGCCCUGAAUCUGAAUCUAGACGACAUGUACGUUCAGCGUAUUCAACCCCAACAACUUCAAACUCGCUCCCCCACAGCUUUCAACGCAGGGAAGAACGAUGUUUCUGUUAGGAUGCGAAGUGAAAGUUUGGUGUCGCAGGCAAAGGCGAAUCUCCGAGGGGCGGUGCCGGCAGUAAACCAUGACAUUGGGCUUCCACAAGAGUGGACUUACUGAAGCGACAACAACACCGCCAUUAGAAUAAAGCAAAGGGGUGGUGAUUAGAUUUUUACUUUACUAACUGCUGUGUUAUUUUAGGGGAAUUAAAAAAGGGUAGAUUAUGAUAAAGAAAAGUUAAUCAAGCUUUGUUAGAUUAAUGGGUUAUUAUAGGAAUAGAGUAUUUGUUUAAUAGGAAAGGUGUUGUUGGGAGAAAGGAAAGGAAAGGAAAGGAAAAGAAGAUAAAAGAAAAAGGGUUUUUGGUUUUUUGGGGAUCAGGAUUUUAGAUUUAGAUGAAAUAAACUUGUGUUUAAGUGGGGUUCUAAUUGUUAAUUUUGAUUUGGGGCUGAAAAAGCCAACUUAGAAUGAAUGUUAAUUGGAAUGGGAAGAAAAGGUAAAGAGGGGUUUUUCCUUUUUCUUUCUUUCUUUUGGUUUUGUGUUAAAAACUCUGCAGAAGAAGAGAAAAAAAAGUGUUAAGUAAGUUGGCUUCUUUUGUUUUUUGUGAAAGGGCAAAUUAGGAAAACUAUGUUUUGGAUUCUAAUUUGUCCCCUCCCCAUGCACCAAUAAAAUAAUAUAUAACAAAUUUUAUUUUGCCU